AUGGGAUUUUUCAUCCAUGAUCUCCACAAUCACAUCGCCAGGCUUCAUACUCAACAGUUUGCUGGACAAACAACUUCGAAUUCAUUUACUGUUUAUCGUGGUCAAGGACUAACGAAGACUGACUUUGAACAGAUGAUCAAGACACAAAGUAAACUUUUAUCAUUUAAUAAUUUUUUAUCGACUAGUAUGUACCAUCAAGUAUACCUCAACUUUGCUCGUGAAACUAUUGAAUCGUCUGAUCUUGCUGGUGUUUUAUUCGCCAUGAAAAUUAUCUCAUUCAUCCGGUCAACACCAUUUGCUGAUGUUCAUGAUUCCAGUUACUUCAAAGGAGAAGAAGAAAUUUUCUUCUCUAUGCACUCCAUCUUCCGUAUUGGACCAAUGAAAUGA